AUGAUUCACAUAACCACAAUCAAGUCGGGUGAGUUUUCCAGUCUUUCCAAAUCGCAAUCGACUCGCAGCAGUGUUUCUUUCCUUCCCAAAGAAGAGAAGUCGAAAGUCAAAUUUAUAUCGCAACGCAGAGGCUCCUUCACUAAAAAGGGCUCAUUAACACUCAUCGGCGCUGUUUUACCAAUUCAACUUGAAACUUUUUUAACAAUUCCUUUAGACACCAAAUUCAACGAAUUCAUCGAAGUCUUAGAAAUACAACAAAUUUACUUCUUCCAAAGUAUUACGUGGUUUUCCGUGAUGAGUGUAUCGCACGCGCGGACUCUUGUGUGGUCGAUGGAGAGUUCGCACCGCCUGUUAUUCGAGUGUGUUGUCAAACACCUUUCCACACACAAUUUGAGUCGCGGCGUAUUAUCGGAAUUCCUCUUUAAAAGGGGAGAGAAGUACCCCAAUACCACAGUGCAGUUCUUGCACUACGUCUUCUGUAAUUUGGAAUUCAUUUUCAACGAAAAUUCGUGUGACGACUCGUACACAAAAACAGGGGUCUUACUUUCUGAGACUCAAGAAUCCCAUUGGAACAAUUUUUUUGAGAUCCCUCUGCAAGACCCCAAUGUCUUUGUUUUAGAGUGUGCUGUCUAUCUUGACGGCGACGAGUUGUUUAAGAUGAUCAUGAGAUGUGUCUUAGACUUUGAGAAGCAUUGCAACAAGAAUGAGCCGUGUUUUGAAGUGCGGCGAAAGCGGAUCCAAGACUUACUGAUGGCGUGGACAGACAUCUUUAGAGAGAACGUCCCACGCUAUUCCAACGUCAUGACCACUAAAAUCGUCCAAAAUGUUGAGCUCUUCGACCCUUUGUUUGUCCACUUAAUUAAAAAGAGGUUCAGUGUUGAGAAGGCCUCUCAAUUGUGUUUAGCCAAAAUCGUUCAACACAAGCGCCGAGGAGUUCGUUUAGAGAAUAUGGAAGACAUCGAGACACAAAUUGGAAAGACUGAAAAUUACGAAGUCAACUUCUUUGGACUGAAACCACCGGUGGUUGCAAUGCAACUUGUCCUGUUCGACCAGAACGCACUCAGACAAGUCAAAUUUGCAGACUUUUACUCGAAGACGCACUUGAAGACCCUCCAAAAUUACUUGGACGUUGUGAAAGUGAUUGAGCGAAUGACGUCGAAUGAGAUCAGCACCAAUCCAUCAAGAAAGAUCUUUUCUUUCUUCAUCAAAGUCUCGUAUGAAUGCGUUACACUUGGGGAUUACAACAUCGCGUUUUUCAUCUACUCUUCGUUGAUUAAAUACUCAAUGUCGAAGGUCGGGGGGUGGUCUGAAAUCGGCAGGAAGACUAAAGGAAAAUGGAACGACUUGAAGACGCUCUUCUCAAUCGCGAGAAACAGCGCGACGUAUCGGAAAAGCUUUGAAGAACACGUGGAACCAAAGAUCCCAAUAAUCGCGUUAUUAAUGGGCGACAUGGUCAGGCUUAACGACAUGGAUACACUGAACCCAGAUGGGAAAUUGAAUAUGGUAAAGAUGAGUAAAUUCUCUAAUGUGUUGGGAACACUUCUUAAUGCGAGACAACACACUUACCCACAAUUGCCGGAUGAAGGGAUACAAAACUAUUUAAACCACUACACACUCUUUGGAUGA